AAAAAAUUAAAUAUUGUUGCAUAAAAUACAUUAAAUGAAUAGUUGUAUCGCUUUCCUGAUAGAAUUACAUAAACGAAGACUUUCUUCCGCACGCAUUGAAGUCACCAAAUUGAUGUUUCUCACAUCAUGUGGUUUUCCGCAGAUCUCCCUGCUAUUUGGACUCGCAACGUUAAUAAAAUUAUCAAUAGCAGCACCAGACAGUGCAGGAAUAGUAGAAAUGGUGAACGGACUGGCGUACGGUGGAAUCCCGUACGGAAGUGUAAGCGGCAUGCUGGCUAGGUACCCGGGAUACGGAAUAGAAGUAAACACUCAGUCUCCAGUGAGACAAUUAAGUGGCAUUCAGCAGCCGAUAGUUAUCAACCCGAAUCUGCGAGCCACCCGGCUGGUGGGAAUCGCACAACGACCCGUGCAAAUUUACAAUCUCCCCGGAGUCAUCGCUCCUGGCAUCGUCGGCACAAUCAGUCAUAUCGGCUAUUAAUCCACCGAAUCGUCGGGCAUCCUCGCCAUCGUACACGCACACAUGUCCAGCGCUUCGAUUUUCAGCUUCAAUCGAGCUUCUUACUGUAAAGCGAGGAGAUCUUCUCUCCUAACGAGCCGCUCACGUCGCCAGGUUGCAUCUUGCAACACAGUGUUAGCAAUUAUAGUAUAAAGACGAUCAGACGAGGCGCUAUUAGCCAUGUGCUUUUCGCCGAGUCGAUUUAUGUACGCGAGAUUAUCGUUGACGACGAGUCUCGCGCGAAUCACCUGUAAUUGCAAGUAACAACGUUCAUUAUUUGAGAAUACACUAUUUAAAGGUUUCCUCCAAGUUUCAGUUGGAGAUCGAAAUCUCAUGACGCGAUACACACCUCACGCACUCAUUUAGCGUCUUGUAUUUAUACGCCAUUGUUAACAUUACUGUCAUAUUAUUUAUAUUAUAAUUAAAUUAAUAUUUAUAUUAUAAUUUGUAUGUAAGAACACGUGAGUUUACGGCGAAUACAUAAUGCUUUUAAGAAAAUGGAA